GUGAGAUAAUGCGGGGAGGACGGAGGGAGACUAGCUAGACAAGAGGAGAAGGAUGGAGAUGUUCCUGCAGCGAAUUGGUGGCAUGCAGAAGGUGGAUGUUGAUUUGAGAAUACUUUUGAAACAAGAAGCAAGAAUUAGCAUUCAGAAAGAUGGCAUCCUUCUCGCAUUCAUGGCUCUUUCGAGAUCAGUUGGUGGGGAAUUUAAGGUCAGUUGAUUUUGGUAUUUAUGUGAAACCCUGUAGUAGAAAGUUCCAGUUCCAGACACCAUUCGUAGGUGUAAACAAUUCAAGGAAGCAAAACAUUCUUAUUCAAUCAAGUCCAUCCUCUUGGAAAAAGGACAAAAUAUUUCAUGAAAUUAAAUGUGCAAAUAAGGAUGGGAAAUUUGAUCCUUCAUCGAUCGAACCACCACCAUACUAUAGUUACAUGGAUUCAACGUCUGGCCAGCUUGAACCAGCAUCUGGUGCCCGAGCAAGCAUACCUGGAAGGGAAUAUUGGCCUGAAGGAACAGCUAGUCGUGUGGCUGCUGCCAGGGCCCCAGAACCUCCUGGCAAGUCUGAUGGGAAGCCUUCAUAUGGUAAAAAUCCUGGUAGCAGGCGGAGGAAAUACAAGGGCCAGGCAACUGCUUCAGAAGCUGCAGAAACUAUUUCAGAUAUGAGCAACCAACCUGUUCUUGAGACAUCAGAGCCAGACGGUUCUGUUGAUGAACCUAAAGACCCAUCUGAAGCAUAUGUUAUUUAUCAGACAGAACCAGAGCAAGAGAACAUGAGUUCUUAUGAGUUGGACAAAGAAAUGGGACUACCACAUCCAUUUGUUGAUCCAGCUUUAGAUAAACCCAUAGAAGAGCCUCGUACGAGUGAAGAUCUUUGGUGGAAUUGGCGAAAACCAGAAAAAGAGCAAUGGUCAAGGUGGCAAAGGAGGCGUCCAGAUGUUGACACGGUUUUUGCAAAGGCUAUGGCAGAAACUGGGCAAAUAGAGUUGUAUGGGGACCACCCAACACAAACUGAAACUGCUCUUGCAAGAGCAAGAAGGCAUAUAUUCAAGGAGGAAAGACUACUAGCAGAACAGAGGAGAUUGGAAGAAAUUGGGCCAAUAGCAUACUAUUCAGAAUGGGUCAAAGCAUGGGACAGGGACAUUUCACGAGAGGCUGUACAGAAACACUAUGAAGAAACUGGUGAGGAUGAGAACAUUCAACUAAUCGAAAUGUUUGAACAUCAAACUGCCGAAGAAUAUCGCAUCAUGAUGGGCACUGACAUUCGCAUUAAGCGAGAUCCAUUAGCAAUGCGGAUGCGAGAAGAUCUAAUCAAAGAGAUAUGGGGUGGUGAUCCUGUUUAUCCGACUAUCAAUUAUAUUCAAGAUCCUGAUGAAGUAAUUGAUUACAGGGGACCGGAUUUUCAUGAGCCGACACCAAAUAUGCUGGCUUAUCUUAUGGAGCAAGGGAAAAUAAUACCAAGGCAGGAGCUUGAGAAAAUUUUGGCCAAGGAGAAAACCCAAGAACUAGAGGUCACUGACAUGGAUGAAGCUAUGGCAAGUGCUGUUGACAUUGGAGAGGAUGAUGAUGAAGAUGAGAGUGAGGAAGAAGACGAAAAAGUUGAGGAGAAAAUUACUCGUAACUGGAGCGUUCUUAAAACUACUCCUCAGCUGCACAACUCAAAGGAAAAACCAAAGAAGGAAGGCUCCAUGUCUCUAGAAGAGGCUAUAGAUGACUCAGAGAACUUAACUGAUUUCCUUAUGGACUUUGAUGAAGAGGAGUAAUAUUUAAAUUUCGACCAGUAAUUGUUCUACCCAUAUGACUGUUUUGCAGGUAUGAGCUUCUAGUUGGCAUGUCACAGGACCAUGGAGGGUUUAAUGAACAUAAUUUGAAGAUUGCUGACAUCCCAUUCAAGUUAUAAAAUCUGAUGCAUCACAAACAGCAACAAUCAUGACAACAUGGUGAUGGUGAUGGUGAUCUUUUAUUCUUGCGAGGUGAAACCUACCCUGCCUGAGUUUAUUGGGGGAUCUUAAGGAUGUAUAAUAGUUGGGAACCGAAGGUGCGGGGUUGUCUGACUUUGAUUGUAGGAUAAAGCAGCAUCCAAAAUCCCAUGUAUUGUUGUGUUGACUCAAACUCUCUGGUUGUCAUGGUCAAUCAGAGAAGCGUGUGAAAACACCCACCCUGUACAUCCAAGUGAUGUAGAGACUUUGACACAUUCCUGUGACACUAAAAUUGGAUCAUGUUGAGAGUUCUUAUCUU